AUGGGAAUCAUCACUCUCAUACAGGGCUGCUUUAUCAGUGGAAUCUAUUUUGGAUUCUACUGCGAGCCUUACCUUCAGCGAUUAUACUGGACUAUGAUUGUUGUCCUUGGCUCGUUGACAGCGACCAUACUGCUGUCGUCCAAAUUCCAAGACCAAAAGUGGAGAGGAUUUCGUGUUGCCGUGUUUGUUUGCACUGGCCUCUCUGCAUUUGCGCCUAUUACGCAUGCUCUAUUUCUCUACGGACUAAAGCGAAGUAUGAAUGUUGGCCUGCCUUAUUAUCUCACUGAAGGCGCCAUGAUCGCUUUCGCGGCUUUCAUAUAUGAGGUGAGAAAUUCCCAUGCUGUCUAA